CUACCAAUUGGACUACUUGAGUUCAAUAACGCCGGCACUUUACCUACACGAUGCAACGACGUGUGUAUUGUUGGUCAUUUUCAAGACGCAGAGCUUCGAGCUGCCUCGUUCAGUUCCAGUCCAUCGUUCAAGACGCCAACAUUAAUGGGCCGGUUGGGUUUCAAUUUAGCGGCAAAAGCUCCGCUGCAGCAAGACGCUGAAAUCGCCGUAUCGGGAGGCGACGGUAAGACCGAGAAGAUCAAAUCUGCUGGGAUUUACUUCGACGAGGGAACCAAUAGCAAGAUUAAGGCUAUGCGUCUACUGGUACUGGCCUUACUAAUGACGUGUGUGUUCAUGAGCGCAUUCAUCGCAUUGCCGCAAUUGACAAGAUUAUGUCGAAUAGAUUCCUGCUCCGCGAAUGUCAAUUAUAAAGUUUGCGAAAAUAUCACUAGACUGAUCGAAUCCAAUCAGGAAUGCUCGGAUAAAAUAGAGAGCUUGUUACGGCAAUUACAAGAGACUAAUGACAAAAAAGAGAAACUUGAAGACAUAUUAGAUAGUAGAGAAUCAUCACUAGUUUCUUCGGAUUCCAUCGGAGACAGUUAUAAUCCAGUAGUGUCGUUUAAUGGCGAACCUGUCAAUAACUUCAUGCCAAUUGUCGAGUCGAUGAUCGAUGACGAAAACUCUUUAAAUAUUCCAAGCUUCGGAGAUGACGAAUCGGCGAUAGAUAUCGGCAUGGGCUACGAACGAUAAUGAAUAUAAAAAUAACUUGUAUUUUAUUCUUAAUAAAAAGAAAAGAUGUUAAGUAUAA